GAACGACCUAAUUAAAGGAUGUAUAUUAGCGAGGAUGGCCUUGAUACGCUUGAUUAAAUGGCCCGAGCCUAGACCAGUUGAGUGUAACUGCACCCUGUUACAGGUUAUGAAGAGAGUACAGUUUGCGACAACAAAAUAAGGUAAGAUACCUAUAUAAACUUGCCAUUCUGUCCCCAGAGAACUCAUUUUCCACCCACAAUCACUUAACUAUCUCCUCUUCCAACCUCCGAUCAACCAGUCACUCGCUCAACCAGUCUUCCCUCAAGCCUGUCUUAUUCAAAAUGCAAUCCAUCAUCCUCAUCGUCGCUGCGGCCGUUGGUCUCGCUAUGCCUACCAUUGCCAUGCCUCUUGAAGGCUCUUCCGCGCUCCAGGCCCGAGGCACUACGAACUAUCUUCUCACUUGUGCCACCGGCAUCGUGAACGGUGGCGCAUCAGACGCCAGCGGUCGAGCACUUUUCACCAAUCUUUGCAUCAGAAUUUUCGGAUGUGCGCACUCGGAGGCUCCCUCUGUGUCCGCGAGUGAGUACAUUGGCGGCUGCAUCGACUGUCCUGCGGGUAUCAGCCAGAGCGCAAUUGGCGACUGCGUUAUUGUCGCUCAGUAAUUCUGUGUCUGUAGAGCGAAGCUGUAAGAUGGAGGCGAGAAAUUUGUACCUAAUAUGUAAAACUUUGCUUUUCAAAUUCCUAUUUUCCGAACUUGUGGAAUGUGACAUAAGAUUUAGGUAUUAGAACCUAGGCCG